AUGAGUUCCGGUUCGCCGCCAACCAGGAGGGAAUUACUCGCGAUGCACGAGUUUUGGAAAAGCAACGCUCAAAAUCUAUACGAUAUGGUCGUCACUUACAACUCCGACUGGCCGACGCCCACCGUCGAAUGGCUCCCUGACGGGGAGGAGCCGGAGGGGGAGUCUUAUACUGUCCAGAAACUGAUCGUCGGAACUCGCGCGCCAGAGAAUGAACAGAACAGCCUUUUGCUCCUUCAGGUUAGGCUGCCUCGCGACGAUUGGGAGGGUGAACAAUUCAGUUCUUCUGUUGAGAUGGGGAAGGUAGAAAUAGUGCAGCGAAUAAAUCAUGAUGGGGUAGUUAACCGGGCUCGUUACAUGCCACAAAACCCAAGUAUUGUUGCUACCAAGACAGGCAGUGCUGAGCUUUUCAUGUUUGAUUGUACCAAACAUCCAUCGAACCCUCCCGAGGAGGGUGUUUGCAACCCUGAUUUGAGGUUAACUGGUCACAAAGAUAAAGGGAAUGCCUUGUCCUGGAGUCCACUUAAGCAGGGUUAUUUGUUAAGUGGCUCAGAUGAUGGUCAAAUUUGCAUAUGGGAUGUUAAUGCCACUCCAAACGAUAAGACACUUGAGGCCAUGCAUAUAUUUGAUAUUCAACAUGGAUGUGCUAAGGAUGUAGCUUGGCAUAUGAAGAAUGAGAACUUAUUCGGUUCAGUUGGAGAAGAUAACUAUCUACGUAUAUGGGAUAUACGCACUCCAGUGAUCAAGCUUAAUCAAUCUGUACUUUCUCAUGAAGCUAUGGUUAACUCCCUGGCAUUUAAUCCUAUUAAUGGAUGGGUUGUAGCAACUGGAUCUUCUGAUAGGAAAGUCAUAUUGUUUGAUCUGCGCAUGAUUUCUUCUUCCCUCCAAACCUUGGAACGCUUUUCUGAACCUUGUGACAGGGAGGAGGUUGAUCAUGUUAGGUGGAAUCACAAGCGUGAAAAUAUUUUAGCUUCAAGUUGUGCUGGCAAGAAGCUUCUUGUUUGGGAUAUUAGCAGGAUUGGCCGCAUACAAACCAGUGAGGAGGAAAAAGCAGGACCCCCGGAGUUGAUCUUUCUUCACUUUGGCCACAUGGAUAGCAUUACAGACUUCUCUUGGAGCCCAACCUACGACUCCGCUAUCGCCAGUGCAGCCAAUGACAACAGUCUACAGUUAUGGCGGAUGCUAGAAGAUGAAGAUGAUGAUGAUGAUGAGAAGGCCCCAUAG